AUGGAGAAGAAUUUGUUUGGAAAUCAUCCUCCACCUGCAUUUGCUUCAGAUCCACUAAUGAACAUGAACUCUACAGUAGGAAGGGAGCAUAGUGGGAAUUCAUCACCUGCUGUGUCCAAAGAUGAAGGAUACUCAACUAUUGGAGGACCUUCUAAACUCACGGUGUCCAAAAUAACGGAGAUAGAAGGUCCUGGUUCGGCUGAGAAUUACAUGAAAACCUCUAGUCCAGUUGGUCCUGUGGCUACAACACUUAAGAGUACAGUUCAUGUUGAUAAACAAAAUCCAGAAAUCUCACAUUAUGCCGAUGAUGAAGCUGGAAAUCGUUCGCCACGCCAUAAGUUUCUCAGAGCAUUGAUUCCCUUCAGGUCAAGUGCAUUACCUACUCUCUACGGUGACUGCACCUCCACGUAA